AUGUAUAGUAUUCUCUAUUUUAUCUCCAAUUUGUUUAUUGAGGGAAUUUUAGAUUUAUGCUCCUUUGAUAACAGAGGUAGAGAAGAAAUCAUUCUGUGAAAUUAUGUAAAUAAGGUAUUUUAGAUUUGGAUAUUUUGAUAAAGAACUUCUUAGGAGAGGAAGGGAUAUCAAGGACAUCAUAUGAACACCAUUUGAAAAUGGCAGAAAAUGAUAAAGAAUACAAACUAAAGGAAGAAAAACAAUUGGUUGAUUUACAUUAGCGAGAGGAUUAAGACCAUAUGUUAUUAAUCCAUUGA